ACAGCAUUGAAACCCGAGAAAAAAACAAGUUGACGUAGGUGCAAAGCUGGAAAUGCAGUUCAAAUUCUUCCAUUGUCAUGGUCAUAGUAGGUACCAGGAAUGCAGAAGACAGAAGCAUAUGUGGAUGUUGAUGCCAUAGCCAUAGAAGGAUACUGAGGGCGACAUAGACCUAUGGACAUUUCAGGAGAUAGCGUUCAAAGCGGAGAUGGAUCGUCAUGACGACCCGGAAUCAGAAAAAGAGGCGUGGAUCCUUUGCGGCGAAGACCCAGCUACCAGAAUGAGGAAUAUUGUUGAACUAAGGAAUAUGAUAUACGAGCGAGGCGAGUGUCACCCACAUCGUAUGGACGACGCGUUUCUACUGCGGUUCCUGAGGGCGCGCCGGUCAGUGCCUGCGCGGGCGCAUAGACUUCUAGUCCGCUACAGCAACUUCCGGGAUCAGAACCCGCACCUCUGGCGUGAUAUAGACUGGUUCGGCCUCACUAAACUAGGACAUGUGUUCGAAGGCGUGCUCUUCGAUAGACCUGAUGUUGGCAGACUUAUUAUUUGUAGGCUAGGUUUGUGGGACCCAGAUGAUUACCCAGUAGAAGACCUGGUACGCGGCUGUCUACUACUUCUGGAGAUCGGUAUCAUGCAGCCAAAACUCCAGGUGUUGGGAGGAACUGCAUUACUGGACUGCGAAGGUCUCACCAUGAGGCACAUGCGACAUUUCUCACCAGCAAUAGCUAUACAAGCUAUGAAUGUUAUGGGGUUCGCAUUUCCCCUGCAUCAGCGAGGCGUGCACGUGAUCAACUGCUCCCGGGUGUUCGAAACGCUCUUCCACUUCUUCAAGCGUUUGGCGCCCGUGGACGACCUGUGGAAACGAGUACGCUUCCACGGAUAUGAUCUCAGUUCUUUACAUAAGUGCAUUGACCCAGAAUGUCUGCCAAAGAGAUACGGAGGACAUCGCCAGGAGGUGUCGUUGGAGAAAUGGCUGACGAAGAUCAAGCAGUACAAGAAUAAAGACUUCGAUAAUGAUAUGAGAAACUUAGGUUAUGCUGUAGAUUAAAUUAAACGUUAUUAAAUUAUAGACGGUGCUAAAUAAAAGACAGAUCUCAAAGUGCCUGCUGAAAUAACGCGAGUUGUUCCCUAUGUGCGUACUAGGAAAUCAUAAUAAGCAGGCGUUCAUUUGGGUGAAUGACUGAAAGUGUGAAAUGUGAAAUGACAAUAGAAUACAACAAAAUGUAGGUUAUCAUUGAAAGACAAUAUCCAUGCAUAUUAACAAGUUUGGCUCAUAAGCGUUUCGUAAAAUAAAUUAUCUACAGUUAUCUUAUAUUUGUAUGAAGUUUUUAAAUUAAAACUAUCUAAACUAUAUUACAAACUGAAAAUUAUUAUCUACAACUACAGAUCUACAAACUAGAAUAAAUAUAAUACAACGAAUAAAAAAAAUAUCAUCUAUAAUAUUACCUACCUAAAGACGUAAGCUAUUAUUUAAAUCGAAGCCAAGUGUGAUAUUGAUAUGGAUAAUGUAUAGGUAAUCUCUAAGUAAAUAUUUUUUUAUUAAUUUUGUAAAAACUGAGACUGGAGUAUUGUUCUCUUAGUUAAAGUAAAUCAUGUUAGUUAACAGUACAUAAGCUAUAAUAAACUGCUCAAAGUGUUGUGAUCUUUCUCGUUCAUAUCUAUACCUAUUUAUAUUCCUAAUAGACUUAAAAUGUAAUUAAUAUAAUCAUACUUUAUACACAUUUUAGCGCUUAUAUUUAAAAAUACAUUUAUAUUCAUUGUUUUUUUACGUUUUAAAUAAACUUUUUUACAAAUCUCA